GAGAGAGAGAGAGAGAGAGAGAGACUAGUGCAAGCUACCGAAUUUGCUACAAGAUAUGUGUAAUUAAGAUAUGAGUUUUAAAUAAUUCUGUCAACUUAUUUAUGUGGAUAAUUGUUCAUUACUUCGCAAUGUUUCAUUGUCCGCCGCGACGAAAUGAUAUUAAGAAAAUAGCUAAUUUAUAAUUUUUACCGUUAUAGGGAAAAAUGCAUAUUAAAUAGAGAACGCCUCGUGUUACGAUGUUCAAACGGACUGAGAAUAUGUUAAUGGACAACGAUUUUGGCGUGCCGGCAAAACGAGCAAAAUUUGACGUUCCCAAGACAAAUUUGCAAUACAAUAAGAUACUGGCAAAGGAGCUUUCCAGGAACAAAAAUGCACAACAUGAUGAUCCUUGGGGUGAUGAUUUUGCUGAAGAAGACAUCAAGGAAAUGGAUUUUGUCGCGUCUCAAGCAUGCCUACUGGAAGGUAAUGUGUUAGAUAAUUCAAAACUUGGGAACAGCUCACAUCCAGUAAAGUCUGAUCUGGAGAAACCUACUGCAACUGCAAGUACGACUAAAUGUAAUGAAAUACCACGAUUAAAAUUACCAGUAUCUGUAGAAAAAUUCAACCCUUGGUUAAAAAAGACUAUACAAGAUACUAGCCUGAAUAGUCAAAAUAUAGUGGAUGUUAAUUACUCCCAAUUCAGAAACAAAUUAAUAGACAGGAAGGAUCAUAACUCGACUUUUCAGAGAGGAAGUAACUUUAUUAUACCUGAUGAUAUAGAAUUGGAAAGAUUAAAGAAUGAAAACAAAAAGUUAUUGGAUGACUUUAUAACCAAAGAUGGUGAAACUGUGUUUUUACGGCAACAACUGCAACAAAUCCAGUUGAGGGCUGAAAAUGAAAAGUUACAGAAAAUGCACUUAAUCGAAGACCAAGCCAAUCGUCAUAGACAAGAAAUCAAUAAAAUUUGUAAGGAGAAGGAACAGUUAAAGACACAGAUAGAAUUACAAAAUUUAGAAAUAGGAAAUCUUCUGGGACGCUGUAAACAACUGGAAUCUGGAAAUAUUAAAUUAAAAGAACCACAAUUAUUGCAUACCAAUAUUUCUUUGAAUAAAAGUAGAUACAAUACCACAACAAAUUGGCCUGUAAAUAUAACAAGUAAGAAUGUAGCAAAAGUGAAUGAAGUAAGCACACAAGCUAAUAUUUACAAGAAAAGCGAUUACCAACUUAAGACAUGCAAUAAUUAUUUUUCUCUGGCCAAAAUUUCAGAACUAAUGUUUGGAGCAUCAGUGCCAGAAAAACCUAUUAUUAACAUUAAGGUUAUAGAAAAAAUUGGUAAAAGAAACCUACCUAUUUUGCAAGAAGAAGGAACGUUUAGGAUCUUUGAAAAUCCCGAAUUGGUAAAACCAGUAGUUACUAUUAUAGAUGGAAAAAAAUUGACAACAGAAUUCGUUUUACUUGAACUAGCAGCUAUUGAAAGAAAAGUUAAUGCGGAGAUUGAGUCAGAAAAUUGCAUCUCCAUAAUCAAUAAGCUAGUCUUAACUACAAGGGAGUUAAUGCUGAAUGUUAUAACGGUUCUGCAAAUGAUUUUCCAUGCCAUGAGAAAUGAUGACAUUCGAGACAUGAAUGAUCUAUAUUUUUCUACAGUUUAUAAAGAUCACAAAAUAUGCGUCAAGUCCGAAUGCGAAGCAGAUGCGUGGCAUGAAGGAGAGCGUGGUAUCGAAGCAAGAAGACUAUUAGGUGCACUUUCGCACAUCACUUGCGAAUCAUCAUACUUAAGCAAUUAUUUGGCAGGGAAGACAUCGUUGCACACACGCAAUGAUGAGUGUUACAAUCAUUAUUUACCACGAAUGACACGUUAUAAUGCAUGGCCGACGAAAAACCACGAGUUUGAAAUGCUCGAGAUGAUAAAGGAGUGUGUCACUUUAAUAGCGCGUGUUAGGAGAUCUCAUCAGUUUACGGGUCUCAUAAAUUCCAUUUUGAAACUAUUAUGUAAUGUAGAGGAAAAAGUGGGUUUCUGCGAAAGAGGAUUGGAAUAUGUUUGUCUCAUAUUCAAGGAACUGGUUUUUUCGAGGCCGCUGUCACUUUGUUACGCGUCAUUAAAUCGUUGCAUAAUGGUUUUCAGUAGAUACAGUGCAUUCGUACCAAAACUCUGCAAGGGUUCACAAUCAAUAGCGAUAAAGAACUGGAAAGGCGCUUUACAUUUUACACCAGAUGCUUGUGUCUUACAAAUUCUUAUAACUCAAAUGGAGCACUUUCAUCCAGAUUUUCUCACUACUUUAAAUAUGACGCACGCGUUAAUAUCGACUGUAGGAUAUAUGAUACAAACGAAUAAUAAAAAUGUACGAAGAACCGAGAGUUCGGAAUCAUGUAACUGUUAUAAAAAAUUAUUACAAUUCACGAUUAAUAUGUUGGGAAAAUGUUGCGAAAUCGGAUUGCUUGUAACUAAUAAUAUUGAAUGGCAAGAUUCGUUUUAUAUCUCCAAGUAUUAUACUUUGAAGAGAGUCAAUUAUAAAGAAUAUAUGUGUCGAACAAAAUGUAGCGUGCAAAAACAUCCGAUGGAAAUUUACCCGGAAAAGUUAGAUCGAAAUUUUUGGUCUGGCAUCAGAAAGACUCAACAUCAAGUGUUGAGAGAAGGCAUCGAAUUUUUAUGUCAUCUUACAAUUUGCGAUCCCGAUUUUGUCAUUCAGUCACCUGAUAUCGAAGAUUCGUUUCAUCUAUUUAUAAGGAACAUUAUUUUCUUUAUGGAUUUAAUACUUCGUGAGAACGAGCGAGAAGCAUUGGAACGAAUAAAGACUACGUAUAUUGUUGAUAAAGGUAUACAAAACGAGAUCGAGAUGCAUCAUAAGAAUACGGCUGUCAAUCAAUUCAACGUGACAAAUUUACGAAAGAAAAUCACUCCCACAAAGAGGAAUCAUAUUGGAAUAACCGAGAAUUUCGAUAGAACAACCAUGACUAUAAAAGCAUUAUAUAAUAUGAAGAUAGAAUGUAGGGAUUAUUAAAAGUGUCAAAUAUCCUCGAGAUUAUUUUUCCAACGUUUGUAUGUACAAAUGUUUACAGAUAUUUUAUGAUGUGAAAAAAAGAACAAUACGAUGUAAAAAUGAAAAACUGUAUAAUUCGUAUUUAAUACACUAUAUUGUGCCAUUA